CAUUUGUACUUCCUGCAAAUUGUGUUUAACUAAACUAUAUCAGCUUGCCGAGUUGUGAAUUAACUUCUAAACUUCAGGAAAGAAAACUGAAUCAACUUGUAAGCUUGAAAGUCUUUUCAUCUUUACUGGAAAGAAAACUGAAUCAACUUGUAAGCUUGAAAGUCUUUUCAUCUUUACUGUGAAGAAGAAGAGAAGACGUUACCAUUCUGAUUAAUUAAAAAUCUUCCAUCUUCAUCGUUAUAUUUCUUUGAAGACUUGAAGAAACUCAAAUACUACAUCGACCUGCUAACUGUCAUUCAAUAUUCAGUUACAGGGAAUUAUCACAUAUUUAUUUUAUUUUCACUGUUUGACUAUAUUUUAUAUAUCACAAUGCUGUCCGCAUUGAAGAAUACGUACCACAUAAUGACAAGGAUUAGUCAUAACAUCGGAUGGACAAUGUCCCAAAGACAAAGUUCCCACAACAAAUUGGAAUACAGACCGAUUAAAAACAUUUUAGUGGCCAAUCGAGGGGAAAUUGCCGUCAGGGUAUUUCGUGCCUGUGCUGAAUUGGGAAAAAAGUCAGUAGCCAUAUAUUCAGAGCAGGACAAAAUGCAGAUGUUCAGGCAAAAAGCAGAUGAGGCGUAUGUAAUAGGAAAAGGGCUUCAACCGGUUCAGGCCUAUCUCAACAUCCCUGAAAUCGUCCAAGUCGCAAAGGAAAACGGUGUUGAUGCAAUCCACCCUGGCUACGGAUUUCUUUCGGAGCGUGCUGAUUUUGCAAAAGCUGUCAUAGACGCGGGUCUGAGAUUCAUAGGUCCUUCCCCCAAAGUCAUUGAGCAGAUGGGAGAUAAAGUUGCCGCGAAACAUGCGGCGAUUGCCUCCGGAGUGCCGAUUGUUCCCGGUACACCUGGACCAGUAAAAUCAUCAGAUGAAGCAGUCAAAUUUUGCAAGAAGCAUGGGCUCCCUGUAAUUUUCAAAGCGGCUUUCGGCGGCGGUGGAAGAGGAAUGCGAGUCGUCAGGGAAAUGAAGGAUGUGGCGGAAGCAUUUGGGCGAGCCAGCUCCGAAGCCGCCGCUGCUUUUGGCGAUGGAGCUAUGUUUAUAGAAAAAUUUAUUGAGAAACCGAGACAUAUUGAAGUGCAGAUUCUUGGGGAUAAAGCUGGUAACAUCGUCCAUUUAUUAGAAAGAGACUGUUCGGUACAAAGAAGACAUCAGAAAGUAGUUGAAAUUGCCCCUGCGCCGAAUUUGGAUUCAAAGGUUCGAGAUGCUAUACUUGAAAGCGCACUGAAACUAACGAAACAUGUAGGGUACGAAAAUGCAGGAACUGUCGAGUUCCUAGUCGAUGCACAAAAUAAAUUUUAUUUUAUAGAAGUAAAUGCUCGCCUCCAAGUCGAGCACACUGUUACAGAAGAAAUCACUGGGGUUGACCUGGUUCAGUCUCAAAUAAAAGUCGCCGAAUGUAUGACACUCCCAGAGAUGGGGUUGUCUCAAGACAAAAUCAAACAUUUCGGAUGUGCUAUACAAGCCCGUGUCACUACGGAAGAUCCGACAAAAGCUUUCAGGCCUGAUACCGGCAGAAUAGAAGUAUUCAGGACAGGCGAAGGGAUGGGUAUUAGAAUUGACAGCGCAUCACCUUAUCCCGGAGCGAUUGUAAGUCCGUAUUACGAUUCCCUUGUGGCAAAAGUAAUUGCACAUGGGACAGACAUGAGUUCAUCAUCGACAAAAUUAGCCAGAGCACUCAGAGAAUUUCGCGUGAGAGGAGUCAAAACAAACAUACCGUUUUUACUGAAUGUUUUACAAGAUCAAAAAUUCCUGAACGGCCUGGUUUACACUAAUUUUAUUGAAGAAAAUCCUCAGUUGUUUCAAAUCAAGCCGUCAAAGAACAGGGCACAAAAAUUACUGAAAUAUUUAGGAGAAGUCAUGGUCAACGGACCUCUAACACCGCUAGCAACAACUUUACGCCCAUCAAAAAUUGAAGUAAAUGUCCCGAAAAUUCCUACCGCAACUUUGCCACCACCCGGGCUGCGUGAUAUUUUUAAGAAAAAUGGGCCCAGUGCUUUUGCAAAAGAAGUAAGAGCGAGGAAGCAGCUCCUUCUCACGGACACAACGUUUAGAGACGCCCAUCAGAGCCUCUUAGCAACGAGAGUACGCACAAUGGAUUUAUUAAAAAUAUCUCCAUAUGUGGCGCACAAUUUCCCUAAUCUAUAUUCUAUCGAAAACUGGGGUGGGGCGACAUAUGAUGUCAGCAUGAGGUUCCUGCACGAGUGCCCUUGGGAAAGGCUAGAGGAAAUGCGGAAAAGAAUUCCCAAUGUCCCAUUCCAAAUGCUACUCCGAGGAGCGAGUGCAGUUGGGUACACCAACUACCCAGAUAACGUCGUUUUCAAGUUUUGUGAACAAGCAGUCAAAUCUGGAAUGGACGUAUUUCGCGUAUUUGACUCACUGAACUAUUUACCAAACUUGAUACUCGGAAUGAAUGCUGUAGGAAAAGCAGGCGGCAUUAUUGAAGCAGCGAUCUCCUACACCGGAGACGUUUCAGACCCUACACGACAAAAGUAUAACCUCGAGUACUAUAAGACCCUUGCCAAAGAGCUGGUGAAAGCAGGAACUCAUGUACUCUCUGUAAAAGAUAUGGCUGGACUGUUGAAGCCAAAAGCAGCUAGAAUAUUAAUCACAGCCUUGCGUGAACAACACCCCGAUGUUCCCAUUCAUGUGCACACCCACGACACAAGUGGUGCGGGUGUUGCAUCGAUGCUAGCUUGUGCUGAAUCAGGGGCCGACAUCAUUGAUGUGGCGGUAGACUCAAUGUCUGGAAUGACAUCUCAACCUUCGAUGGGUGCUGUGAUCGCUUCCCUUGGUGGAACAAAACUGGAUACAGGAAUUGAGCUGGCCAAGGUAUCAGAGUAUUCUGCAUAUUGGGAACAAGCCAGAACGCUGUACGCCCCUUUCGAAUGUACUGCAACCAUGAAGUCGGGUAACGCGGAUGUGUACCAGAAUGAAAUACCAGGCGGCCAGUACACAAACUUACAGUUUCAAGCGUUUUCGCUUGGUUUAGGUGAAAAAUUUGAAGAGGUGAAAAAGGCGUACGCAGAAGCCAAUAUUAUCCUUGGUGACAUAAUAAAGGUGAAUGAAUCUUUUGGUUCGUUGUUUUUUGAACACAUCAUUUCAUCCUUUGACCAUUUUAAAGGUAAGAAAAAUUGAUAAACAUUUUGAGGGUCUG